AUGCUUGUCGAUCGGAAUGUUGAUGUGGCUGUUGAAUUGGAUGCUGAUGUGGAUGAGAGUGUGGCUUUUGAUGUGGAUUUGUAUUUGGAUAUACAUGUGGAUGUGGAUGUGGAUGUGAAUGCGGAUGUUGAUGUGGCUGUUAAUUUGGAUAUUGAUUUGGAAUUUGAUAUGGGUGUCUAUUUCGAUGUUGAUGUGAAUUUUUAUGUGGAUGUUGAUGUCCAUUUUGAUAUGGAUGGGGAUUUGAAUGUUGAUGUGAAUUUUGAUGUGUGUGUCAAUUUUUGA